AUUAUGGGUUUAUUUUAGGCUUUUAUUUUCUUGUCUCAUACCUUUGUUGCCAUGGUAACCUUCCAACAUCCCCCAAAUUGCCCCUUCGUCUGGCUGAUGGGUGGUCUCUUUUCUUCUCUUGAACCACGCCGGUGCACACACAGGGGCCGCCGUCUCGUCGUCUCCGUCUCCGUCUCUCGUCCCUGUGUUGUGUUUGUUGUCGAGGAGACGGCUGGACGCCAGAUGACGGCAAAUUGAUCCGGCCGGUCGCAGAUGGAGACGUGUGAGCGAAGCCUGAGUGGCUCAGACCUCCGAGUGUCACGUCUCUCCCGUUCCUCCAGAAGUGUGGUUUUUUUCCAAGCAAAACAUCGUUUGCCCGUGAGUCUCUCCCUCCCUCCUCUACAGGUCCGAUUUAUUAAAGUCAGAAACACAGAUCGUGACACCGAACGUAAACGCCCUCAUCAGUGAGGCGCUCGAAGCUGCAGAGCCGGAAUCAAAAGAGGAAGUGCUAACUGCCACAUCCUCUCGCUUUGUGUUCAUCAGUCAGCCCUGCGAUGUGUUUCGUUUUAAAGCAGCCGUACGAAGCCGGGUGCAGUCGGGCCUUUUUCAUUAGCAGGAUUCACAAGAGGUCGAGUUGCAGCCUCUCCACUUCUCACACCGCUGCCUUGACAUAGGCAGAGUUGACAUCAGUUGAGGAACCCGGUUUGAGUCCCCCUUUUCUGUGGAUCUGCUCUCUGAGAGCUGAAGGAUUUCUUGACAGGCCAGCCGGCAGCAGUGGAUUUCUCGCCUUGAGGGAGGGGAGGGGGGCAGGAACGAUGGAGGCUGACAUCUUCAAGUACCACAAAGCUGAAGAUGCGCUGGAUGCUGAGUCUUUUCAGGGAGAGAAGAGAAAAGUUAUUCAACCAGCAUCUUUAAAAGACCCAAGGCUUGAAAAGCUUAAAGAGGCGUUGGUUGAUUGGAUCAAUAGGAGUUUGAUAGCGGAGCACAUUGUGGUUCAGAGCCUGGAGGAGGAUCUGUACGACGGGCUGGUGCUCCAUCACUUGCUGUCCAGACUGGGCGACGUGAACUUGAGCGUGGAGGAGAUCGCGCUGACCAGCACGGCUCAGAUCCACAAGCUGGAGGUGGUCCUGGACGAGCUGGACAAGAGGCUGGGUCUGCAGGACGGCGGCGGGAUCAAGUGGAACGUCAAACUCAUCCACGGCAAAGACCUGCUGGCCACGCUCCAUCUCCUGGUUGCCAUGGUGAGGUGUUUCCAGCCUGAACUGGAUUUGCCCUCGAACGUGAAGGUUGAAGUCGUGGUCGUGGAAGUCAGCAAGAGUGGAAUCAAGUCAGAUGUGCAGAUCGAAGUCCUCACCGAGGAAAGCGAGGCAGACUCAGACUCCCUCGGCAGGACUGAAAGGGAGGAUCCCAUAGAGCGACUGCUGAAGCUUGAUGCCCACAAGGUCAACACAGUGAAGAAGGCCAUCCUGCAUUUUGUCAACCAGAACAUGGCGGCCGUGGGGCCUCAGGUGGCCGACAUGGACAAACAGUUCGCUGAUGGAGUGAUCCUGCUGCUGCUGAUUGGACAGCUUGAAGGUUUCUUCAUCCCCCUCUUUGACUUCAACUUGACCCCUGUCAGCCACUCCGAGAUGCUUCACAAUGUGACCUUGGCCUUGGACUUGUUGAACGAUUGUGGAUUGCAGAUCCCCAAUGUUGAGCCAGAAGACAUCGUCUCUCAGGACAUCACGGCCACCAUGAAGGUCCUGUACCCGCUGUUCAAGAAGCACAAAGCCAAAUGAGAGCGAGGACGUCGGGAGGAAAGGAACCGAGCGCCUGAAUCUGUGGAGCAUUGACAGGUUUUGGCCAAUGCUGCCGUCCGGGCCUGUUGUCACUCCUGUGGCCAUCAUUUCUUCCUGUCAAAAUUCUCUCUGAAAUGAUUAUUGAGGCAUGUUUAGCUUCUCCAUUGUGUAAGAAAUUAAUUAAAAGAUACUAAAACUAUUAAAUAUUCUUAUUAUUAUUAAGCAUAUGUGCCACGUUACAACUGUUACAGACUGUAUGUAAAGACAAAGCAACUAUUUCACAUUAAAAGCACCUGGAUAAGACUUUUUAAGCACAGUUUUGACAAACCUGUCCUGCAAAAGAACAUUUGUCCCUUUUGUAGAUAUAAAUAAACAGCGCAUUAAACUUAAAAGAUGAAGGCUGAGCUGUUGGAGGCAGCUGCAGCAGCAAAAUGACUUUGGCAUGAGCGUAUUUGAAGACGGAGGAGUGAAAAGGGGGCUGAGUUAUGGCUGACUGCACCUGACCGAACCGCUAAUGGGAAAGUCUGAACGAAGCAGCUGAUGCAAGUCAGGUGAUCCCGACGCAAUUUUCGGUGGCCGGCUUCACCAAGCUGAGAACAUCGAUUUUAACAAGAACAAAAUUUAACGAACGUCGGAGAGACAGACUUCUGUGAAACAGAUAAUGGAGGGAGAAAGUAGAAACUGUUAUUCAGAGGUCAUCUGGAGAGGAAAUGCUCUCUUAACCUGAUCUAUUUGAAUGAACAGUCAUAAGUAAACAAUCAAAACUGUCAGUUGAAUCAACUGAACAGCAAUGUUUUUCUUUUUUUUUACUUAAAUCAAAGCGAUAAUUUUCAUGCGUUUCAUAUUUAGUUUGAUUUCUGAAACUAUUAAGGCUUCAAGAUCUUUAGAAUGUAUAUGCCUGCACAGCACAUUGAUCAUAUAUCAAAGCUACCAUUUUUUCAUUUCUUCGUAGUUUAAGGAGGAAUAAUUCAGUAACAUCUUUAUUUAUUAUUAAUUUUUUUCCUUUGUAUUCAUAUUUCAGUGCUGGUUUCCCCGGAGAUGUUGGACGUAGUUUUCUAAAAGUGUCGCUCCCUUGUAGUUUAAUGUGUCCUCCUCCGUCUUUUGUCUCUCGCCUGUCGCUGUCCUUCCUUUCCAGCCCGGCUUUGUUGGAACGCAGCACUUUCCUUUCUUAUAAUACCCCUCCUCUGUCUUUGACUGUCGCUUCUCCAUAAACAACGCCAGAUCCCCUUUCCUCCGCUUCCUCGUGUUCCAGCUGACAAUCCC